CGAAGCUACCGUCGUCGCCGUCGCGAUCGCACGCACCACACACUUAACGUAGACAUAUUAGCCCUUUGAUCACGAACCAAACCCAUGGCGCCAUUCCCGGCCGCCGCCACCGCCAUGAAGACGAGAGCGACGUGCGUGCUGCUGCUGCUGCUCCUGUGGGCGGACGUGCGGCCGCCGCCGGUGGCCGGGCAGGCGCCAGCCGAGCCCGACGCGGCGGACGCGGCGACGAGCAAGGCGGACGCGGCGGCGAUCGAGGCGGAUUCCGACGCGCGCGGCAACGGCACCCGCGGCGGGAGCGGGGCGAGGGGCAAGGUGCUGAGCACCAUCGACUGCCAGAUCUGCGAGGCGACGUGCCGGGUCAAGUGCCUCAUCAACAACCUCUUCCAGUGGGGCACCUGCUACCAGCGCUGCAAGGCCGACAACUGCAACGAAUGGUGUAGGUAGCUAGCAGCUUAACUGGCCCUCCGACGAUUAUAGCUAACGCGCGCGCCGACGGAAGCACGGCGCGUGCGUGCAAGGAUGUACCCGGGGACUACGUACCAUCUAUAGAU